CGCUCGUUUGAUGACGUAGGCUCAGAUCGCAGCACUAACGAACAGAAAAUCUCCACAGCAACAGCAGAUAACUGAGUUAUUACCUUCUGUUAGAGUCAACAAGCUUCGUGUUUAAUACGCAUUCCCUUUUAUUUUAAGUCUGGGAGUCGACAAAUCAGCAUCAAGAUGUCGUACAUGCUACCACAUCUCCAUAAUGGCUGGCAGGUUGACCAAGCCAUCCUGUCCGAGGAGGACCGAGUCCUCGUUAUCCGCUUCGGACACGACUGGGACCCGACGUGUAUGAAAAUGGACGAAGUUCUCUACAGCAUUGCUGAGAAGGUGAAGAAUUUUGCAGUCAUUUACCUGGUGGACAUCACAGAAGUGCCUGACUUCAACAAGAUGUACGAGUUGUACGACCCCUGCACCGUCAUGUUCUUUUUCAGGAACAAACACAUCAUGAUCGAUCUGGGCACCGGCAACAACAACAAAAUCAACUGGACGAUGGAGGACAAACAGGAGAUGAUAGACAUUGUUGAGACAGUUUACAGAGGAGCGAGGAAAGGACGAGGUCUGGUGGUGUCUCCAAAGGAUUAUUCAACUAAAUACAGAUACUGAGUUUAUUUUUUCCUUUUCCUCCUGAUGUUUUGUGACAUGACUCAGAGACUGUGAGUUACAGAAGAUCUUUUUCAACAGACAAUAUUUUUCAUCUUCAUGAUUGUGUUGCAUAAUUGUGCCAUUUGAGUGUAGAUUCAUGUUUUACUAGUUUCCUCAAUAGAAAUUUUUUUUUAAACUGCAUUUGUGGGAAGUGGGUGCUUCAGAAACCAGACAGUGUGUGAAAGUCCUUUUAUUUAAAUACUCAAAUAAACAUGGAUGGAUUUUUACAUAUGGCAGGUUUUUGCUGCAGGGCUGGUCAGUCGCUUCAAGAUGUCAUUUCAGUGUCAGUAUGAUCCCGAUUUGGAGAUCCCAUGUUUUUCUAUCAAGGAUCAGCUGAUCCAUCUGAUGUUUGUGUCGGUUUUUUAAAGCAACAUUGGGUGAGAUCACCCUGAUUCAGGUGCCAACUUGUCAUGAUUACCAAAUCCAGAUAACCAGUGCUACAUGUCGCUGUAGGCGCCACAGAGGAGAAGGAAAUAGAGAUCUUUGAGAUUAUUACUCGGAGUACGUUUUUUCUGAAUUUGUUUUAUUAGUAUUAGCAGCUAUCAGUAGAUCCCAAACUCCAUCACUAAUCAAACUGUGACAUAAAUACACUCCUCACCACGCAUCAACCACACAUUUACACCACUGCACUUCUUAAAACCUGAUAACCAAAAUACAAAUUGAGAAUACUGACAUCAGUGUCACCCUGAGUGCUUUACUUUCCCUCUGAUCAUUUCUGUACCUUGUAAAUAUACUGUCUUUGUUCCUCUUUUUAAA